CCUUCUCCCCUCCUGCCUGGCUGGGCGCACAGAGCCACCAUGCCGAACUGGGGAGGUGGCAACAAAUGUGGUGCCUGCGGCCGCACCGUCUACCAUGCCGAGGAGGUGCAGUGCGACGGGAGGAGCUUCCACCGGUGCUGUUUUCUCUGCAUGGUCUGCCGGAAAAAUUUGGACAGCACAACUGUAGCAAUUCAUGAUGCUGAAGUUUACUGCAAGUCUUGCUAUGGAAAAAAGUAUGGCCCGAAAGGUUAUGGAUAUGGCCAAGGGGCAGGCACGCUGAACAUGGACAGGGGAGAGAGACUGGGCAUCAAGCCUGAGAGCACGCCCUCUCCCCACAGACCCACAACAAAUCCAAACACUUCAAAGUUUGCUCAGAAGUUCGGAGGGGCAGAGAAAUGCUCCAGGUGUGGCGAUUCUGUUUAUGCGGCAGAGAAAGUAAUAGGGGCUGGAAAGCCAUGGCACAAAAACUGCUUCCGAUGUGCCAAGUGUGGAAAAAGCCUAGAAUCUACAACCCUAACUGAAAAGGAGGGAGAAAUCUAUUGUAAAGGUUGUUACGCGAAGAAUUUUGGCCCCAAAGGAUUUGGGUAUGGCCAGGGAGCAGGCGCCCUAGUUCAUGCCCAGUGAAGGGGGCACAGCUCAAAGUCCCUUCAGAACCCCUUACGGCUCUGCUGAGAUCCUGCUACAAGAAACAAAAGUUUCCUAAAUAUUACUAACUACUGUGAAACAGAUACUAGUUACUGUAGUGCUUGGGCAUACAUUCAGCAGAUUUUUUUUUUUUAAAAAAAAAAGCACUGCUUUUUUCCUUGCUUUGUAUAUCACACUGUAACACUUUUAAUACUGAGUAUCAAGUCAGUAAAGCUUUGCUUGUUGAUAUAUCCU